AUGGGAUCAAUCAGUGGUAAUGUGAAUACACGUCCUGAUUCAAAGGAAAUUCGAGUCUUGGUCACAGGCUUUGGUGUGGGUUAUCCUGACAUUACACCCCGCUUUACCCCUCAAUCGUGGAGUUGUUCAAUCAAUGUUGAACUGCCCGAAGCCUCAAAGAACCUAAGUGCUGACUGUGGCUUCCAUCAGCCUUUUCGCGCGCAGUUUCCCAUAAAUCCAUCAUGGGAAAUAGCAUCUCGUCUACCACCUUACGUUCCUACAAAUGUAAAAGAUGAAGGGCAUCAUCCGCAUGCACGACCGCCAAUAAACAAGACCACGCCACGCAUUAAGAUUGAAACCUAUGGAGCGCCAGUUCAUGUAGGAUACAAGGCUGUUCGGGAACUUGUGCCCGUACUUCUUGAUGACACCAAGCCUGAUUAUAUACUACAUAUUGGAAUGGCAUCUGGUCGAUCCUUUUACAGUUGUGAGCGACGGGGUCAUCGAGAUGGAUAUUUCAUGAAAGAUGUCGAUGGAAAAGUAUUGAACGAUGAACAUAAUAAGAUUCAGGAGGGUGAUGACUGGGUGUGGCAUGAUUGUCCUGGGGAACUUUUGACGAGUUUGCCAUUUGACAAAAUGUUUCGUCAAUGGAAGGAAGCUUGUCCUGAAGUCGAUACACGCAUUUCCGAAGAUGCGGGUAACUACCUCUGCGAUUUUAUCUACUACACCUCUCUCGCACACCGUCACAAGCAUCAACAACCAAAUAAGACCAUGUUUCUGCAUGUACCCGUCGAUGCUGAUCCCGAGUCUGUAUUGAAAGGUGUUGAAAUUACGACUGAGCUGAUUCGGGCAAUGGUUGAAUGUGAUCUCAAAACUCAAGCCAAUGUCGGGGACAAUAUAAAUACCGCGGAGGAGAAAGUUGAUCUGUGA